AUGAAGGCUGAGAACGCAUCGUCUUCGGCUGCGAGCCAUUCGCUCGUUGCCCAGGCUCUGGCCUUGUUGAAGGCAAAUUUGCUCCUUUUGGCAGUCGUUUCCCUUGUGAUCCGAUGCCUCUAUAAGCGUUAUGUCUCUCCUCUGCGAAAUGUGCCAGGCCCGUGGUUGGCUUCGUUGUGGAGUACUUACAAUGGGCACACCGAAUUGGACCAUAUAGCUUUGCAUAAGAAAUACGGGCCUGUGGUCCGAACGGCCCCCAACGAGGUAUCUUUCGGCACUUGUAAUGCCGCCAAAGACAUUUUUGCUGUGGGUAAAGGUUUCCAUAAGACGAUGUUUUACAGCGUCUUCCCGCCAAAGCAUGCUCCGGAUAUCUUCACCGAAGUUCGUGAAUGGAAGCAUGCGCAGAUGAAACGCUAUGCCGUCACUCCUUACAGCCUCGCACAGAUGCAAAAGCGAUCAGAACCGAUUGAGAACAUGAUCAAGCUCUUGAUGGAGCAUCUAGAGAAGUACGCCACCGAAAAUAAGAGGAUCUGCAACCUGGGUAAUUUAUUGCAUUACUUCGCUUUUGAUGUACUUGGAGAAGUCGCCUUUUCACGACAAUUCGGCUUCUUGGAACAAGAAAUCGACAUCGAAGGAUCAAUCAAAAACAUUGACGACGUUCAGUGGUACGAUGGAAUCGUGGGCCAUAUCGCAGAAUACGAUAUACUACUCCGAAACAACCCAAUCCGACCAUACCUAGGCUUGCAAAUGAAGCCAACCACGAUGACGAAAAUCGCCGUCGCCGAACUUGAGAAGCGAAAACAGAAGGACGGUACCUACGAUUCCACAGGUAUUGAUCUACUGGCCGAGCUAUUGAGAGCACAUGAGGCAAAUCCGGAGAAGUUCUCAGUGAAUGAUGUUUUCAGCAUUGCUCACGGCGCUGUAUUUGCGGGAUCAGACUCAACAGCUUCGACAAUGCAGUCUUUUUUCUACUUGGUCCUCAACGCUCCUAAGGUCUACGCCAACCUCUGCCAGGAGAUUGAUGAGGCUCAGAAGGCCGGCAAACUGUCUGAAAUUGUCACGUACGCCGAAGCACAGGCUUUGCCUUAUUUCCAGGCCUGCUUGAAGGAGGCUAUGCGGGUGCGACCAGCAGUUGGUCUAGGAAUUUACCGCAAAACCCCACCAGAGGGUGUCGAGAUCGAUGGCAAAUUUUACCCCGGCGGUGUUGAGGUUGCAGUUAAUGGAUGGGUGUUGCAUCGGGAUGCCUCGAUAUUUGGAGAUGAUUGCGAUGAAUUCCGGCCAGAGAGAUGGUUUGAGCGUGACGCUAAGUUGAUGGGAUCGCAUUUAUAUCAGUUCGGGGGCGGCAGCCAUCUCUGCAUUGGCCGUAAUCUUGCGCUGUUCGAGAUGAACAAGACCCUUGUGCAGAUCUUGAGGGAGUACGACGUGACCCUUGUGCAUCCUGGACGGCCGUUGGCAUAUCACUCGACCUUUUUCGUGGUUCAGGAGGGACUUGAGGUAUAUUUGCGCAAGAGAAGUGAGAAAGCAUGA